AUGGAGUGGGGGGACAGGGCCAAGGCCUCCGCCGCCGCCGCCGCAGCGGCAGCGGACGAGAGGGCCGCGGGAGGUGAAGGGCUCGGGGGAUACGUCAAGGUCAUGACCGACGAACAGAUGGAGGUGCUCCGCAAGCAGAUCUCCAUCUACGCCACCAUCUGCGAGCAGCUCGUUGACAUGCACCGCACCCUCACCGAGCACCAGGACACCAUUGCAGGAAUGAGGUUUAGCAAUCUGUACAGUGAUCCUAUAAUUAUCCCUGGAGGUCACAAGAUCACAGCAAGGCAACGAUGGCAGCCAACACCAAUGCAGCUGCAGAUCUUGGAGAACAUCUUUGACCAAGGCAAUGGAACACCAAGCAAGCAGAAGAUAAAGGAGAUAACGGCAGAGCUCUCGCACCAUGGCCAAAUCUCGGAGACAAAUGUGUACAACUGGUUUCAGAACAGACGGGCACGGUCAAAGCGGAAGCAGGCUGCUUCUUUACCAAACAAUGCUGAAUCUGAAGCUGAGAUGGAUGAGGAGUCUCUCACCGACAAGAAGCCGAAGUCAGAUAGGCCGCUCCAGGAUCACAAGGCUAUGGGCGCUCACAAUGCUGACAGGAUCUCAGGGAUGCAUCACUUGGACACAGAUCAUGACCAAAUCGGUGGCAUGAUGUAUGGAUGCAAUGACAACGGCUUGAGAUCGUCUGGCAGUUCGGGCCAGAUGUCCUUCUACGAGAACAUCUUGUCGAAUCCAAGUAUCUUCUCUGCAACCAGCGUUGUUACUUCAUUUCAUUAG